AUGGCCGAGAGGCGCGGGCCGGCGACGAGCGGCGGCGGAGGGGAAGUUGGCGGGAGGAGGGAGAGCGGCUGCGGCCGGUGUCAACGGCUGCUGCCGCCGCUGCUGCUGUUGGUGCUGUGGGCGGCGGCGCUGCCUGCCGGGGGCCAGCCUUCGGCUCCGAACGGGGAACGGGGCAUCUCCAUCCCGGACCACGGCUACUGCCAGCCCAUCUCCAUCCCGCUCUGCACCGACAUCGCCUACAACCAGACCAUCAUGCCCAACCUGCUGGGCCACACCAACCAGGAGGACGCUGGGCUGGAAGUGCACCAGUUCUACCCGCUGGUGAAGGUGCAGUGCUCGGCUGAGCUCAAGUUCUUCCUCUGCUCCAUGUACGCCCCGGUGUGCACGGUGCUGGAGCAGGCCCUGCCGCCCUGCCGCUCCCUCUGCGAACGGGCUCGCCAAGGCUGCGAGGCCCUCAUGAACAAGUUCGGCUUUCAGUGGCCCGACACGCUGCGCUGCGAGAAGUUCCCGGUGCACGGUGCCGGCGAGCUGUGCGUGGGGCAAAAUGCCUCCGAGCGCGCUACCCCCACUCCCGCCCUGCGACCCGAGAGCUGGACUAGCAACCCCCACCGAGGGGGGAGCGGCGGCAGCGGCCCCGGGGGCUCCGGGCCCGGCGAGCCCCGCGGGCGCUUCUCCUGCCCGCGGGCUCUGAAGGUGCCAUCCUACCUGAACUACCGCUUCCUGGGGGAGAAGGACUGCGGGGCUCCCUGUGAGCCCGGACGCCUCUACGGCCUCAUGUACUUCGGGCCCGAGGAGCUGCGCUUCUCCCGUACCUGGAUCGGCAUCUGGUCGGUGCUGUGCUGCGCCUCCACCCUCUUCACCGUCCUCACCUACCUGGUGGACAUGAAACGGUUCAGCUACCCGGAGCGGCCCAUCAUCUUUCUCUCGGGCUGCUACACGGCGGUGGCCGUGGCCUACAUCGCCGGCUUCCUCCUGGAGGAGAGGGUGGUCUGCAACGAGCGCUUUGCCGAGGACGGCUCCCGGACCGUGGCCCAGGGCACAAAGCGGGAGGGCUGCACCAUCCUCUUUAUGAUGCUCUACUUCUUCGGCAUGGCCAGCUCCAUCUGGUGGGUCAUCCUCUCCCUCACCUGGUUCCUGGCCGCCGGCAUGAAGUGGGGCCAUGAGGCCAUUGAGGCCAACUCUCAGUACUUCCACCUGGCCGCCUGGGCUGUGCCGGCCAUCAAAACCAUCACCAUCCUGGCCCUGGGGCAGGUGGACGGGGAUGUCCUCAGCGGCGUCUGCUUUGUGGGCAUCAACAACGUGGAUGCGUUGCGGGGCUUCGUGCUGGCCCCCUUGUUCGUCUACCUGUUCAUCGGCACCUCCUUCCUGCUGGCCGGCUUCGUGUCUCUCUUCAGGAUCCGGACCAUCAUGAAGCACGACGGCACCAAGACAGAAAAGCUGGAAAAGCUCAUGGUGAGGAUAGGCAUCUUCAGCGUCCUCUACACGGUGCCAGCUACCAUUGUCAUUGCCUGCUAUUUUUAUGAGCAAGCUUUUAGGGAACAGUGGGAGAGGAGCUGGGUCACGCAGAGCUGUAAGAGCUAUGCCAUCCCUUGCCCUAACAACCACAGCAGCCACCACCCGCCCAUGAGCCCCGACUUCACUGUCUUCAUGAUCAAGUAUCUCAUGACCUUAAUUGUGGGCAUCACCUCGGGCUUCUGGAUCUGGUCUGGGAAAACCCUGAACUCUUGGAGAAAGUUUUACACCAGACUCACCAACAGCAAGCAGGGAGAGACCACGGUUUGA